AUGGACGCCAAAAUGGGUAGCCUCUUCGAAUCUAUCGGAAACUUCUUCGGCGGUGGCGAACCGAUCCCGUGGUGCGACCGUGAUGUCAUCGCUGGUUGUGAGAGAGAAGUUGCAGAUGCUGCUCAUGGCGACUCUGAGGAGCGGAAGAACGAGAGUAUAAUGAGGUUGUCAUGGGCUCUUGUUCAUUCAAGGCAAAGGGAAGAUGUUCAGCGUGGGAUAGCCAUGCUCGAAACUUCUUUGGGCAAUGAUAAAAGUCCUUUGCAUCAAAGAGAGAAGCUUUAUCUUCUGGCUGUUGGUUACUAUAGAAGUAAUGACUAUGGAAGGAGCCGGCAGCUUGCGGAGCAAUGUUUGGAGAUUGCCCCUGAUUGGAGGCAAGCACUGGCCCUCAAGAAAAUAGUUGAGGAUCGAAUUGCUAAAGAUGGCGUAAUAGGAAUUGGCAUCACUGCAACAGCUGUGGGACUUAUAGUUGGUGGCAUUGCUACCGCAUUGGCCCGGAGGGGUUGA